AUGCCUGGAGUCGACUGGAUACCCGGUGUGUCGCAAUUGAAGGCAACUCUUCAAGCGGUGACCGGUGAUACCGAAGGUGCCAAAAGGACAAUGGUGAACUUUGUCCGAGAAUGCCCAGGGGUGUCACAAGUAACUUCUGUCGUUCAACUAGCCGCAGGUGACGCGGAAGGUGCAUUGGAAACCCAAAAAAUAUGCUUGGGUACCGUGAACAAUGUUGCCAAUGGCAUACCCGUCGUUGGCCACGUAAAAGGUGCCAUCCAUCACGCUGUUGGGGAUCACGAAGGUGGUAACCAAGCGCUCAACGCGGCAACUCGAACUACGGUUGUUGUUGCGAGUGGGGCGGCCGCUGCAGUAGCUACCGGAGGGAUUGGUGCUAUUCCCGCUGGAAUAACAGCUGGUAUCACCUACGACGCUGCUGCAACUGUGAUAACCGAUGAGGAACAGGGAUCUAUAGCUGCUCUAAAAAAUGCUGUUGAAAAUCCUUCAGCUGGCUCAAUUUUUGACGCAGUUGCUGUUCCAGUUGGCGAUGGUAUAGCUGGUUACUCUGGAGGACAAAUUGCAAAGAAAAUAACGAUUAAUCGGUUGGAAAGUGCCAGGGCGGUUAAGUUGCAAGAGUUGGAUGCUGUUUACGAUGGAAAAAGUGGUGGUAACAGCGGUACAGCGGUGAAACUGGGACGAGAAAUAAAUUCCAUGACUUCGGAGAUCAAUACGAUGAAACAUGGGACGCCAAAGUAUUGGGUUGAUCCCAAGACUGGAGAAGUUGGUGCUACCUCGACAGGUGCUAGUACUGGUAAUGCAAUACCGAUGACUGGGUAUGUAGAUGAUGACGGUACCAACCAGAAAAAAAAAUUACCUGUUAAAACACAGCCUGGGACUUCGUCUGAAAGAAUCACUCGUGAACAACCUGGUAUGGAAAAUGCAUUGUAUUACGAUUCAUACGUGGAGUCAAUAACAACUGAAAAAAACAUUGAUGAAAAUCGCAAGAGAUUGCAAAAACUCGAAGAACAAGCAUUGCAGGGAAAAAUCCAUGAAACGUACAAGAACGUCAACUCUACGCUGCUUCAAGUAUUGAAAGACUUGCUAGAACGCAUUAAUAUGGAUUUUUGCCGUGAUCCGAAUCGCAAUCUUAAGAAUCUGAAGAAAGACACCAACCAAGUGACAAGGCGGUCAUGGCUACCCUUGACCAUGCCCCAAGAAUUUUCGUAUACAGGAAUAGUUCAACUAAACAGUGUAUAUCAAGGCUUACACCACAGUUUCAUUCGUCAUAUGGAGGAAUGGAGAGAUGUGAUUUCUAUUGAUGCAACAUUGAUCCAGCGUCUAUCACCAAUUAUGCCAGCGAUUCGAAAUCUCUCAUCCGCUCAAAAUCAAACUGAUGCCGAAAUAGCGCAUAAUGAGUUUCAAGAAGCUCUAGAACUACUAAGCUCAGAAAUUCGUGAUGUCAUACAGGUAGCUCUGGUUGAGAUUCAGAUCUUGAUAUAUCGCUUCAUACAAGACAACAUCACCAUUGACAAUUACCUGGGAAGAGAUGUCAAUACAAAUGGUGCAGAACAGUUGCUCUUUAGAGUAAAAACGAGAGACGGAAGAACUGUCGUUAUGGUUGUGUGUGUAUCAAACCAACGUUUUGAUCCUGAACCGGGAGAUAGCCGUGCGGUGAGAAUAGGCAUUACUGUUUUCUUUAGACCAUGGGCUCGUUUCCAACGCCAGAGAAUAACAGAGACCAAGGAAGAGAUGCUCAAGAAACAAAAAAAUUCUCAAGAUAAGAAAUAA